AUGCCUUCUUUCUUCAAGCGUAACAAGAAGGAGAGCCCUGAGGAGGAAACACAGCCUCAGGCUCACUCCCAAGAUGUCCCAGACCUUCCUACCGGCAUGUCGCAAAGGAUGCGUCCCGAGUCCUCAUCACAGGGAACCUACAUGCCCAGGAAUCCCUCCAACCUUUCAUUCGGAGGUCCUGUUUACGGAAGUCAGUUCGGAAACGCUUCUGAGAUACGCAAACAACCACGACCUUUUAAGAGCUAUCGACUACGGGGAGAACGCGAGCAACCAUGGGUCGACGAUCCAAGGAUGAAGAAGACUAAGGUCGGCAACUGGAUCACCUUUGGGUUCAUCUUCAUCGGUUUCGCCGUCAGUGGAUACAUCAUGUACACCGGUGUACAGGAGGCGCAAAUACCUGACCAAUGUCUUAUCAUGGAAGACAACUUCGAGAAGAUUGACCCCGCCAACUGGGGUUACGAGAUCCAGACUGGCGGAUACGGAAACGGAGAGUUCGACUGGACCACCGACGACCCAAAGAACAGCUUCGUCGAUUCGGAGGGUCUCCACAUCGUGCCAACUCUCACCACCGAAUCCACUAGCAUCACUGCCGAGCAGAUCCUCAACGGCUACACCCUAAACAUCACCAAGGCAGACGGUGAUGGCUCAUGCACAUCCACCGAUUACAAGUCGUGCGGUGUCCGAUCCAACUCGACCACCGGAACCAUCAUUCCCCCUGUUCGCUCAGCACGCAUGACUACCAAGGGCAAGAAGUCGAUCAAGUACGGCCGCGUUGAAGUUGUUGCAAAGACAGCCAAGGGUGACUGGCUCUGGCCCGCUAUCUGGAUGAUGCCCGAAGACAACGUAUAUGGUGACUGGCCUCGUAGUGGAGAAAUCGACAUUGCCGAAUUCCGUAGUAACAGUUACAAGUACCCCGAAGGUCGCGACUUCGUCUCUUCCACGCUCCACUGGGGUCCCGACUACCAACACGACGGUUACAUCAACACGCACGGUACCUCGUUCUUCCGCCGCACAGACUUCGCCUCGAGCUGGCACACAUUUGGUCUUGAAUGGACUGAGAACUACCUGUUCCUCUACCUUGACAGCCGUCUCAAGCAAGUCAUGUACUUCAAGUUUAACGAGAAGAACAAGCUAUGGAAGAAGGGUGGCUUCAACGGUCUGACUACCAGCAACGGUACCCUUUUCGAAGACCCAUGGAAGCAGGGCGGCAAGAACGCGCCAUUUGACGAGAAGUUCUACCUUAUCCUCAACGUUGCCGUUGGUGCGCAAAAUGGUUGGUUCUUCGAUGGAGAGGGUAACAAGCCGUGGGUCGAUGGCAGCGACUUUGCCGUGCGUGAUUUCUGGAAUGCCAAGGAUGACUGGCUCCCAACUUGGGGCGAGGGUAACGAGCGCGGUAUGACAGUCAAGUCUGUCAAGAUGUGGCAGGCCGGCAAGUGCUAG